GCACGAACAGGAUACGGCGACGACGGAAGAAGAAGCACAAAGCAGAGUGAAAAGGAACACAUGUUCGCGCAAAAUCGAUUACUAAACUUAACUGAAAAACUGAAAAAAACGGAAAACGAAAAAGUACAGCGCUCUCGGCAAUUAGUUGAAAGCACACUGCUCCCGGAAAAAUAGGAGAAAAGGGUUUCCUGUAAGAGCCAGGACUCCUUGGAAAAUGGGUAUUACGGAAACGGCAGGCACAACCACAACAACAACCGGAAUGGGAGCGGCGAACGCCGUGGAGGGCAAACAAAUCCUGUCGCUGGAGGCGUUCCAGGAUAUCUUCAAGCGCGUGGAACCGGAAGUGCAGAUUGAUGCCUUUGAGCUGACCCAGGGCUCCGACCGGGGAGACAACUAUACGGCCGCCCUGUAUCGCAUAAAGCUCACGGGAAAACGACGGGACCUCAAGUGGGAACAGAACGUCAUCUGCAAGGUGAUGCCGGAGAGCGUGGUCGCCCGAGAGGCCUACAAGAGCGACAGGCUCUUUCGCAAUGAGGUGGAGUUCUACACCACCAUCAUGCCGGAGCUGCUCAAGUUCCAGGCCAGCAAAACUGACCAGGACACGCCUGUGUUCAAUGCCAUCCCAAAGUGCUAUUCGGCCAGGCAUGAUCUGCUUAUAAUGGAGGAUCUCCGCGAACGGGGCUUCCAGAUGUCCGACCGCCACAAAGGCCUCAGUCUGGAGGAGACGCAGUCCGUCCUGCUGCAGGUGGCCCAGCUGCACGCCCUCAGUCUGGCCUACAAGUUCGAGAAUCCGCUGGCCUUCAGCAAGCUGUGCAGCGUGAUCAGCGAGGGCAUCUUCUGCACGGACAACACGAGUUGGUAUCGCAACUACUACGAGCGCCUCACCAAGAACGCCAUCCAGAUGGUGUCCGAGGUGCUGCCCGCGGACUCCAAAUAUGUCCUGGCCAUCAGCAAAUUUGCCGAGAGCUCCUCCUUCUUUGGCCGAAUGGUACAGCUGGCCAGCGCCGAGUCGCCACUAUCGGCCAUUUGCCACGGCGACUGUUGGGUCAACAAUUUCUUAUAUCACUAUGAUCCGGAGGAUACGCAGCAUGUGCUGGAGGUGGCUCUGCUCGACUUCCAGCUGAUACGCUACAGCUCCAUUGCCCUGGACAUUGCCAAUCUGCUGUACUGCUGCACCACCAAGGAGAUGCGGGACGCUCAGCUGCAGAAUCUGCUCAGGACCUACACGGAAGAGCUGUUUCGAUGGCUCCAAAUCCUGUGCACAACCUUGCCCGACCACUGCGACACAUUAGAGAAGCUCCAGGAUCUUUUUGCCGAGGAGCUGAAGACUUACGGACGCUUUGCUCUGGGCCUGGCCAUGGACAUCCUUCCCAUCAGCACUUGCUCCUCGGAGGAUGCCCCGGAUAUGUACUUGAAACGAAGCGACGAAAACGAGGAGGAUGUGGGCGCGCCUACGCUCAACUUUCCACCCAACGACCUGUGCCGCCAGAAAAUGUCCGAGAUAGUCAUCGACAUGGUGGAUCGGGACAUGCUCUAGGCCCCACUGCAGCGGAAAUGGAACGCCUGCUGUCUGCCCCAAAAAACACCAAUUACCAAUAAUAUUCCAGCUCAGAUAGCGUGCUCCAGUUGAUUCUCACUUAAUCCCUUAGUUAUAUGCGAGUUAGUGAAUAUUACCAGUAGCCUAGCAGGACUUUGUACGUUUAGGGUACUAACCACCGCUAAAGUUUAUGUUACGAUUCCAAGGCAGCCAAUUCCUUGGCCCUGCGUCCCAGAUAGAACUUUGUGUAGUCAGAGUUAACACUUUCCCGUAUGAUUAACUUAUUUUAACCCUAGUUUUUAGUUGUGUGCAAACCAAUCGAUGCCAAAAUAGUUUAUGAUUAGAGUUUUUGUACUUUUUGCUUCGCAUAUAAUACCCUUUUCUCAAAUAAGAAUCGAAAUAUAAUACUAUGGAAAUGGACGCGGGCACAGGGCCCUGAAAUACAAUAGGA